CAUCCGUCCAAGUUUACCAUCAAUUAGCCUUGUAAUGUGAGAAAGUAUAUAUUAGUAAUGGCAGCUGGUAACAGCACAACUGCAGCCCCAUCGUUACUGGAUCUUUUUAACCAACAACCACAAUGUAAUAAACCUUCACAAACUGGAUGUGUCGAUCUUGGAAAUACGACGUGUUUUGGUUCCGAUCUCCCAUAUUCACAAACGUCAUUUGAACUGGUUACUGAUGCUGAUACAUUGGCUGGUGUAAAAGAAAAGUUGCUGCUUUGGUCAGGCAUCCGCGCAGUACCUCUAUGCUGGGAUGCAAUCCAACCUCUUCUAUGCUCCGUGUACUUCCCUGAAUGUGGAGAAAACAAAAUUCAACUUAUUGAUCGCAAAGUUUGCCAAGCCACCAGACAACCAUGUAAAAUAGUGGAGGUUGAAUAUGGGUGGCCAGAUUUCCUAAGAUGUGAUAAUAAUGAUGUUUAUGCAGAUCAAUGUGAGUCUCCAUCCACAAAGUUGUUAAAAUUCAAUGCAUCUGGAUGUGAACCCCCACUAAUGGCAACAACUAACCCUGCCUCAUAUUAUGAUGGUGUAGAUGGCUGUGGCUUGCAAUGUAUGAACCCAUUAUUUAAUGAACAACAACAUGUUGAUAUGCAUGUGUUCAUUGCUGUGUUGGCAGGGUUGACUUGCAUAUGUACUUUAUUUGCGAUGCUUUCAUUCUUUGUUGAUUGGAAAAACUCGAACAAAUACCCGGCCCGUAUUAUAUUCUACAUCAACUUGUGUUUCUUCAUGGCUUGCAUUGGGUGGUUGGCUCAAUUCUUCUCCGAUGCCCGAAAUGAGAUUGUGUGUAGGAGAGAUGGAACAAUGAGGUUGGGGGAACCUGUUGGAACAGGUGAAUCCCCAUCUUGCAUAGUCAUCUUUGUGUUGGUUUAUUUCUUCUUGAUGGCCGGCAUUAUAUGGUUUGAUAUCCUCUCAUAUUCGUGGUUUAUUAUGUACAAGGCACUCAAUACACGCAAAGAUCCGCUUGUAGGGAAGACUCGCAAGUUCCACCUAGCGGCGUGGUGCAUCCCGUUUGUGUUGGUACUUGCUUGUCUUGGAGUAUCGCAGGUUGAUGGAGAUUCUAUGAGUGGAAUAUGCUUUAUUGGAUACAAGAAUCAUAUGUACAGAGUUGGGUUUCUGUUGGUCCCUGUCGGUCUUGUUUUGUUCAUUGCUGGUUUUUUCCUUCUUCGAGGAUUAGCUGCGUUAUUCUCAUUGAAGAACCAACAAUCUGGAUUGUUAAGUGACAGUGCUGUAUCGAAGAUAACGUGGACCAUGGCUAGAAUAGGUAUCUUUACUUUGAUUGCAUUUGUGUUCGUAUUCAUCACGUUUGCCGUCCAUGUUUAUGAGUUGACGCAUCAAGCUCCAUAGAUUGACGGGCCGCAGUUGAAACAGAAAUCAAAACCGAUCCAAAAUAAACGAAACACAAAGUUUAAGAGCCAUGAUGACACGUUUAUCGGAACUUCUCCAUAUAACUACAGACUGGAUCAACCGAAGCAACAAAUUAAAGUUAACGACAACGACGUCGGGGCUGUUUUUCAACCACCAGGUGUCCUACCUACCCUCCCUGAAUAAACCUUGCCAUAGAUAUCUUAUAAACUGCACAAUUGCCAUAGAUAUCAUAAUCAUUGUUUAACGUUGGGGUAAUUAGCCAAUUCUGGCCUAAAUCUCAUGUCCCAUGGCAUGCCAUACUGUACAACCUCACCCAUUCAUAUAGAAUUGUUUAUGGAACCUAAAUUAAUAUAUUGAAGCAAUGGUUUGCAAAGUAAUAAAUUUCCUAAAGAGCUUUAUUAGACUGAUGAAAUUACACAAGUUUCUGUACAUUUACCUUGUAAAUACUUUUCUACCUGUCGCCUUUUACCACAACUGCCUUUUAUACUAUCUCUAUUUACCGGUACUGCCUAAAUGCUUUUUCUAUAGUGCCAAUUGAAUCGUCCAAACCAAUAUUUUAUACUAUCUCCAUGGUGCAGUUAUUAAUCAUUUUCCGUCCCAAUGUUUUGAUGCAGUUUUAUUAAUAAUGCAAUCAUUAUAACUUCUAUAACUUUGUUUUACAAAGUCUAAAAAGUAUUUGUUUGUAAGUUGUAACACAAGUUUAGUAUUCAACAUUUUAUACGAGUGCUUCUCAACCCCUGGGUCACCAUUUGAUUCAAAUACCACAGUGGUCCACAAAGCUUGUUAAAAUUUAAAUUUUAAGUUUACUGAAAAAUUAUGAAGUGGAGUUUUGGAAAUUCGUCUGCCAAGGAUUUGCUUUAAAUUUGUGUUGAAUAUUUGGGUCACAAGGUUGAGAAGCAUUGCUUGUGUUUGCAUGCGGUAAACUUUGAAGUAGAAACCAAAGAAGCAAACUUGAAAUAAAGCUGAACAUAAAGUUUGUGCAGUA